CUGUGAUUGGUUAGUAAACCUCUGUUGUGUACGCAGCUAGUGUUCAGCACGCUGCUGCAGGUUUGGAACGACACGCCGGUGAAACAGCAGCUGGUUUUGUCACAUCACAUCAAAGUUAAGAGUUUUUCUGGACCAAACCCACUUUAAGUUAAAUUCAUCGGUUUUGUCUCAGCCAUGGCUGUGAACGUGUACUCGACAUCAGUGACUAGUGAGAACCUGAGCCGCCAUGACAUGCUCACAUGGAUAAACGAGUCUCUACAGAUGAACCAUGCCAAGAUCGAGCAACUGUGCUCAGGUGCUGCGUACUGUCAGUUCAUGGAUAUGUUGUUCCCAUCAAGUGUUCCACUGAAGAAAGUCAAAUUCCAGGCCAAACUUGAGCACGAAUACAUUCAUAACUUCAAACUCCUUCAAGCCAGCUUCAAGAAGCUGGGAGUUAGCAAAAUUAUCCCUGUUGACAAGCUUGUGAAAGGCAAGUUUCAGGAUAACUUUGAGUUUGUGCAGUGGUUUAAGAAGUUCUUUGAUGCAAACUAUGAUGGAAAAGAAUAUGACCCAGUUGGAGCAAGGCAGGGACAAGAUGCAGCUGACAAACAGAGUCCAGCAAACAAGCCAAGGAAAGUCACCUCAGCUCCACAGCGUUCAGCUACAGUACCCAAGUCUGUACCAAAGACAGCUCCAACUGCAAUGCGCAGUGCAGGAGGUGGAGAUGAAGACAAAGGAGCACUUACUCUGAUGGUAAAUGACCUGAAGGCCACCAUUGCAGACAUGGAGAAAGAAAGGGAUUUCUAUUUCGGCAAACUCAGAAACAUUGAGCUCAUCUGCCAAGAGAAGGAGGGUGAGGGUGACCCAACACAUCAAAGGAUCAUGGAUAUUCUGUACGCCACAGAUGAAGGUUUUGUAAUUCCGGAGAAUGAUGGAGGUGAACCGGAAGAGUUUUGACCAAUCCAGGGGUGACUGUUUUGAAAAUGACCCACUGAACUCUGAAAUGCACAUUCUGUACUGGCUUAUUUCUGCUAUUCUGCUGGACUAGCCUUGGGUCCAUUAUUUUGUACUGUGACUUUUGAAUGUCUUUUAUUCAGGGAAGUUCUAUACCUUGAAUUUUCAGCUUUUUUUAUUGAACACCGAAAAAUAAUUAUUUUUGUGGAAGAAUAAUAAAAUAUUUACCAAUGGCUGUUUUAUAUUAAGUUGUCCAAUGAGGUGACAUUGCUCAGUGUUUCUUGAAUGGAUCAUGCAUAUCCACUAAAGGACUCUGGUAGUACUUGUACAUGCCAUUCUGAUCCAUUCAUUUGUCCUGUUGUAAAAGAACAGGCAUGAUGAAAAAGAUCCUCAAGUGUAUCUUUGUGUUCUGAUCCGUUACUGAUCUGCACAUAUGAUUGCUAGUUGAGUAGCUGAGUGUUGAGUGAUGUUCACUUCCUCUUAUAAGCUAAGACAGGAUGUGUAUCAACUUCUUGUUUUGCAUUUCCUUUUUACACACAUGAGGCAAUGAGGACACUUUGUGAGUUCGGAGAACCAGCCUUAAAGGAAUCGUUUGCCAAAAACAUUUAAUCUACUCACCCUCAUGCCAUCUCAGAUGUGUCUUUCUUCCACUGAACACAAAUAUUUUUAGAAGAAUAUUUCAGCUCUGUAAGUCUAUACAAUGCAAGUGAAUGGUGACCAAAAAUGUGCUCCAAAAAGCACAUAAAGGCAGCAUAAAAUUAAUCCAUACAAUCCAAAUAUAUUUAUUUUCUCUGUACAUCUUACUAUUGCAGUCUCUUGGCACGUUCAUGAUUUCAAGUUCGAUUACACUUCCUAGUGCUUGAUGUAUGCACAUAUCGCAGCUAGAUGGUGUUAGGAAGUAUAAUCAAGCUUGAAAUCAUGAUGAAUACACAUGACUGCUAAAGAGGCCGCUGAUGUCAAGAUUUAUAAUGAAAAAGGAGUUACAUUUUGGUCUGUUCUCACCCAAAACCGAUUGGAUGAUUUCAGAAGGCAUGGAUUAAACCGUUAGAUUCAAAUUUAUUACUUAUAUAUUGCCUUUAUAUACUUUUUGAAGCUUCACAUUUUUGGUUUCACUUGCAUUGUAUGGACCUACACAGCUAAGAUGUUCUUAAAUGUUUGUGUUCAGCAAAAAAAGAAAGUCAUACACACCUGGGAUGGCAUGAAGGAAUGAGAAAAUGUUAAUUUUUGUGUGAACUAUUGCUUUAUUGGCACAUAGGUUAUAGAAUUGCACUGAAACAGUCAUUCAUUUAAAAUAAUGAUUCAAAGUUUGUGAUUUUGACAACAUUUGUCUUAACAAAGCUACCAAUACCACCAUUAGGCAAAAGUUGUCAGUCUUUGCAGCACUCUUUUAUUUUACAUUGAGAGACCCAUAACUGCUACGUUUUUACAGUCAUAAAUUCGCAUACAGGCAAAAUGAUACAAUAAAGCAUUCCACUAUUUUUUAAUUAUGAAACACCAGUCAU